AUGUAUAUCAAACAUGCUUCUCGGGAUUACAAUAGUUUAUUCUUUAAGGUGGAACAAGGACAUGUCCGAAUUGGCCCAAAGCUCGUGACAGACCCAGCCUUUAUCGUGACUAGAACCCAAGAGGAUGCAAUCACUUGGACGAAUGCCAGUAAGAUAAAACAGUAUGUGCUUGACUACAACAAUGUGCGUGAUGAUUUUGAUCUCGCUUGA